AUUUCACGGGAACUGCACUCGCCAAUCAAAAACCACAACAAACACUUCCCUCGAUUAACGACUAAUGGGACAAACACAAUCAAUAUACACGAUGGACGAUAAGGUUAUCAGAGAAUGGAAAUCUGUAGAGUUAAGUAACCGAUUCAUUUGGUGGAAAACAACGAAACGAUGACGACGUCGUGGAUGACCAACCGGGUGAUAAUUGUACUUUUUUGGAUGAGCUUAAUAGCGGGGAUUCCACGCUCCGCUACCGCUGGAAAUGUUUUGGCCGUCUACCCGCACUUCGGCUUCAGCCACUUCAAGGUGGUGAUGCCCAUACUCAAUGAGUUGGCUAAACGUGGUCACCAGAUCACGGUGAUCUCAUACGUGAAGAAUCCCCAGGCCAAGGAGCUGCCCAACUACGAGGAGCUACUCAUCACCGCCGCCGACGAGGAUCAGUCGAGUACGACCAUUAAUUUGGUGCCUCUGUCGGAGAAUACAGCCACCAGAUCGUUGGAUGUUCUGUUCCGGGAGUACUUGGCUCUCCACGAAGAAGGUCAGGAGACGUGUGAACGACUCUACGGUAGUGGUCAUGUCCAGACAGUACUUGAAAGGCAUAAAAAGAAGCCAUAUGAUCUGUUACUCACAGAGUACUUCAACUCGGACUGUCAACUGGCCUUGGCCAAGUUAAUGGAGCUGCCGAUCAUAGGCCUAAGUACUUGCGCUCUGAUGCCGUACUACUACGAUCGCAUCGAUCUGCCGGAUACACCUUCCUUCAUCCAAUCGGAGUUUGUGGGCUUCGCCGGUUCUCUCAAGUGGCAUGAACGGCUCGUCAACUUCAUUCAGGCCAAGAUGCUGAAGCUUCUCUACAAAUACCAUUCCAAUGCAGCCGAUAAUGCCUUGAUAAAGAAGCAUCUUGGCGUGGAAAUAGACACUGAGGAGGUAGCCCGCCAGCAAACUGCUUUUAUUUUUGGGAACCAGCACUACUCCCUGAUGGGAAGUAGGCCGCAAUCCCUCCAGUUUGUAGAGGUGGGUGGAGUCCACAUUACCAAGAAGGCGGAAAAAGAGCUUCCAGAGAGUAUUGCCAAGUUCCUAAAUGAAUCAGAGGGAGUCCUUUUCAUCAGUUGGGGUUCCAUGGUUCGGGCUUCAAGCAUAGACGAGGACAAACUGGAAGCCAUCAUAAGAGUCCUCACUGAGCAGGACUUGAAAGUGAUUUGGAAAUGGGAGGCUGACGAAACCCCCAAAGUCGACGCUUCCAAGUUUCUGUUUGUCAAAUGGGCCCCCCAAUUAGCUCUCCUAUGUCACCCGAAAGUAAAAUUAUUUUGGUCUCAUGGAGGAUUACUUGGAACUACAGAAUCUGUCCAUUGCGGCAAGCCCUUGCUGGUCACUCCCAUCUAUGGAGAUCAGUUUUUAAAUGCCUUUUCAGUUCAAAAUCGCGGAAUGGGCCUCAAACUGGACUAUGAAGAGAUUACGAUAGAGAACCUACAAAAAGCUUUUAGUAAGCUUAGUGACACUAGUUUUUCAGAACGUUCUAUGGAGAUCUCUAAGAUCUUCAAUGAACGACAACAAACGCCUCUGGAACUGGCUGUUUGGUCUGUGGAACAUGUCAUAAAGAACGGCUUAGUGGCCGCUAAACUCCUACAAUCUCCAGGAAUAGAACUGAAUGGCUUUGUCUACCACUCACUAGACAGCAUACUCCUCCUAUUAGCCAUUCUUCUAGCCCUAAUCCUAGCUGUGACCUUCUCUUGUGGAGGCAAGUCAUCGAAGAGUGGAAAUAAAAAGUCUGGCAAGAAGACUAAGAGAUCCUGAAGGCAGGCCAAAUUAUUACACAUCCAAUUCAUGACAAUUUAUAAAAGAUAAAUAUAUAUAUUAAGCAUUAGUAAAAA